AAACGCAAAAUUGUUUUUUUUUUUAAUUAUUUUAUCAACAGAACAUUAAAGUCUUAAAAUGAAAAACGCUCUCAGUAAUUUCAUUGUGUUAAUCUUGUUUUCAGCUGCUUGGGCACACAAUUUUCUGGAAAUCAACUCAAAGUAUUACAUAUCACAAGAUGAGGAAGACUUCGUGAUGGCCGCCAUCAACUGUAAAGUAAACGGUUGGUCCUUUUUGAAAAUUUUAAAUCAAGAAGAUAACGACUCCCUAAAUGCGACUCUAACUGCACUGGGAUUGGACAACACUCCAAUGUGGUUAGGGGGAAUUCGAUCUGGUGGUGCAAUGUAUUGGCUAGAAACAGGAGAUCAUAUUAACUAUACACAUUGGGCACCAUCUGAACCCUCUUGCUCCGAUUCGUAUUCUUGUUGCUUACUAUUUAACCAGCAGGGAGGAGGUUUUUGGUAUUUAAAUACUUGUAGCACAAAACAGUAUUAUCUUUGUCAAAAAUAACAAUUUUUUCUUGUAACUUUCAUUAGCCCAUCUUUAUGUAAAAUUACGUAAUUUAUUUUGUAAGAAAGUUUGUAGGUUUACUGUUUUGGUUUUUGUAUUUAGAUUUAGAUAUUUUAUUUGUUAUAUAUUACUGGGGCACAGAAAUUAAUUCUAUUAUUUUAGUUAUUUACAGUAUUUGGAUGAAACAACAUAAAUAAGUAAUUAUAGUAAAUUUACGGUGGAGGUUGUACAUUUGUGAAAAAUAAUAACUUUUGCGUUAUUAAUAAACAUUAGAUUCUUCUUAAUAAUUCCAGUUUUAAGAUACGAAUUUAUGAAAUUAGUCCUGUUCAUAAAACCAUGGACUAAACUGGACUUUUUAUUUUUAUUCUUUUUUGUCUAUUAAUAAAUAAGUAUAAAUGAAUUAAAAUUUCACACACUUUACACCAUACAGUGUACGAUGUUGUUCAAGGUAGAAUAAUCUAGUCUGUCUGAGCACUGUAGUAGGAGGAACAUUUAAAUUAAGCUGACACAACAACUCAGGAGACUGUAUUACAUUGUUAAGAAUGUUGUAUGUUGUGACAAUAUCGCAGUUUUUACGUCGAAUCUCUAACUUUUCAAUGUUCAGCAAUCUAUACAUUUCACUGUAAUUAAUAUCAAUACAAGGAGUAUUAAGCUUGUAAGCAAUAUAUCUUAUGAAUUUA